AUGUACCUAGCGACAAGUGACCCUGUGAAUGGCGUAGACAUGGAUGAUAGUUCCCAAACGCAGCAAGCGAAUACCCCAUCUGUUGCCUCGAAUGCGUCACCGCCUUCAUCUCCUUGUUGUUCAACAUUACUUGUUAUUGAUGAUAAUUCCAAUUCAAACGAUUCGACUGUAAUUACAAAUGACACUCCGACAAAUUUACCAUCACCAAAUGUUCAAACAAGUCAUGUUCAAAGAACGUCUUCUCCUUCAUUACCCAUCGUUGACAUAACAGACGGUACGCCUGAACAGCAACGUCGUCGAAAUUCAUCCAUUGCGAAAUUGCUUGGUGGUCAACCACUGAAUAAUCAACAAUAUAAAGAAAUCAAUCAGCAAAUUCUCGACGACCAAUCCGCUCAAAACGUUCCUAAUACUAGUGAUAAUAAGACCGACGGCGAAACCCAACGGUCGCGUAGUUCAAUCGCCCGAACUAUAUUAAUGAAUGCAGAGCAAAAUAACAGUACAAUGAUAAGCGUUGACAAACCUCGACCCCCGUCACCAGGUUAUUCCAAAGAUUUCGAAUAUUUGAUACGCCGUGAACUCGAUGUAGAACAUCCGCCAUUGACACUCAAACGAGAUAGUUCAAAACCAAGUGUUUUUCAGAAUCUCAAUGGUAUUCGCAACUCGCCAGUCGAGCCACAGUCACCAACAAAUUCAAAACUAAAACGAAAAAGAACACAACCAAAGCAAACAGGUCCAUUACCGACGACAAACAAAUCUUCGAAUAUGCCUCCAUUUAGUAUUCUUGAUCCUUUCGAACUAGAUUCAUCUUCUCCAUCAAUCGGUCCGCCGAUUAAUCAUGUACCUCCUCCUCGCGCACAUCAACAUCAAAAUGAACUAUUUCAUUUUGAUCGUCUGUCACGUCAUUAUCGUCAUCAAAGUCAACCACCAGUAUUAACGCAACAUCAACAGCAAUAUUCAUUACCAAUGAACAAUUCAACAUCAUUUAAUUAUCCGAAAACGAAUAUACCGCCUAUGUAUGCACAGUUUAAAACUCAUUCGGAUCAUGCGUCUACGGCGUCUUCGCCGUACAGUUACGCUCGUUUUCCGCAAACACCUGAACUAAAAUUGCCAGCGCCCGUGUCGCCAUUAUCAGCGCAUGCAGCAUCACCGUCUGCCAUAUCUCAAUAUUUCACCAGAGCGCCGUCACGUAAGACAAAGACAGCAAUCAAUCGAUCAGAUAUCUCUGAUAUUCCCAUGCAACGGUCAUUUUCAAAUACAUCACAUCAAUUCAACACUUCGUUGUCAUCGUCAUCAUCAUCGAGUCCUUCGGAGUACUGUGCGCCAUUGAAAAAACGUUUACUACAGUCUUACAAAAACGAGCACCAGUCUUCAUCAUCAUGA